GCGGUGCUGCUGGCCGCCUGCCGGCCCGGGCACGGCUUCUCCGGCGGCUGCGACACCUGCGGGCUCCGGCCCGUGGCUUAUCACUAUGGUGGGACGCGCGUCGUGGGCGGCACGGAUGCCCCGCAGGGCGCCUGGCCGUGGAUCGUCAGCCUCCAGAGUACGUGGUAUGCGGGCACGGGACACAUCUGUGGAGGAUCCCUCAUCACGCCGCAGUGGGUCCUCACGGCAGCGCACUGCUUCGACCACGCAACCCCUGACACACCGUGGCACGUGGUGAUCGGGGGCCACGAUCUGAAACGCCUGGGCCCCGAAGCUGUCGUGCGCAACGUGGUGCGGAUAAUCCCACAUGAAUACUAUCACAGAAACACCAUGGCUAACGACAUCGCCCUGCUUGAAUUGGACCAACCCGUCCACUGCAGCUACUACAUCCAGCUGGCCUGCGUGCCCGACGCCUCGCUGCAAGUGUCAGAGCUCACAGACUGCUACGUCAGUGGCUGGGGACACAUGGGGCUGAGAUCUCUACAGGAAUACGUCGAACCGUACCGUGUCCUGCAGGAGGCCAAGGUGCAGCUCAUUGACCUCAACCUCUGCAACAGCAGCCGCUGGUAUGCUGGGGCUGUGCACAGCCACAACCUGUGUGCUGGUUAUCCGCAGGGCGGCAUCGACACCUGCCAGGGCGACAGCGGUGGUCCUCUCAUGUGCAAAGACAAAACUGCUGACUACUUCUGGCUCAUCGGUGUGACCAGCUGGGGGAAAGGCUGUGGGAGAAUACAGCAGCCCGGAGUCUAUGCCUCCACUCAGUACUUUCGCAACUGGAUCCUGGUGCAGAUGGGAUUGCUUCCAGCAGAAGCGCCUACUUCAACACCAUACCCAGUCUAUAUCUCGACCUCCUACCAGAGGCCCAAACCAACAUACUCAAGCCCAUUCAGACCGUGCCCAUUUCCACGCCAGAAAGUCCUGGAUUUCUUUAACCUGCUCCAGGAGCUCCUGCAGAGCCUGGGGAAGCAAGGCUUAAUCAGCUGCACGGCGCAGAGCAGCCUGCAGUGCACCACCACCCCUUUCUUUGGGAUAAUGCCCAAUGGCAGCCCAUCUCUGUCCCACCCGCCCUCCUCCGACUGCACACAAACGCUGAAGUUUACUCAGCUGGACAAAUAAAGCUUAUUUUCACAGCUA